CUUGUCUUUUUUUUUUUUUACAGUCAUUUUGUCGACUAGUCUAAAUAGCACCCCGUAUAUUGGCAUUUGGCAAACUAGCGUGUCAUGUUGUCACCUAUUUAUAAAUAGCGCACGUACUAACUGGCUAGAGUUCGGUGAAUUGGCUAGCUAGCUAGGUCAUUUAGUUAGCCAACCCUCUCGAACUCCAUGCCUUGUUAUCUGUAGGUACUGGUAGUUAGCUACGUUAGUUGUCUUUUUAAAGAAUGGCGCUCUAUUUUUCAUCAAGCUAAUAGCAAUGCUAGACAUGUUUUUGACCAUACAUUAAUUAGCUCAGAUUGCUGGGUGCAUGCAUGUUUAUCCAUAUUUUCACUAACGUGUAUUAUAGAACAGUUGAUUUACAUUUUUUUUUGUGAGUGAUACGUUGUAUCUAACAUUUUACAUUGUAGCGAUGUAUCCUUCUGACAAAGUAGGUACUGUAAAAGACUACGAGUUUGUGCUCAACGUUGACGUUACAUCUAGAAACCCCUGUAAAUGGUGGUUAUACCUUAGCUUCAGGACUCAACUUCGUGAGUCUGUUGGGACAUUAAUUGGGCUGAGAGGUUUACCUAUGUAACUACCAUGUAUAAAGGGUUCAAAUCGAAAUCUAAUCAAAUGUUGUUUGUCACAUGUGCCGAAUACAACAGUGCUUACUAAGUUACGAGCCCUUUUCCAACGAUGCAGUUUUAGAGACGCCAAAUUGAAAUGGUAGUUUUGACUGUUCUCCAAGUAUUUUAGAUUUUCAGUAACUGGUAGUGACACCAGCAACCCCAUCAGCGUGGCCAGGCAUGAGAGCUGAUAUCUGAGGAUUUAAACCACCAGCGCCACAAUGGAGGUACCUGCCAUCAGUAACAACCUCAACCUUUCAUAUGGGGACUUGGAUCCCUCUGACACCCCUCCCACCAUGUCCAUUGACAAGCUCUUCCCAGCACUCCUGGAGUGUUUUGGGAUCAUCUUGUGUGGCUACAUUGCUGGUCGAGCAAACAUCAUCACAUCCACACAGGCCAAAGGAUUGGGGAACUUUGUGUCCAAGUUUGCCCUCCCAGCAUUGCUCUUUAAGAACAUGGUACUCUUGGACUUUGGGAAUGUCAUCUGGCCAUUUUUGUGGAGUAUUCUCAUCGCCAAGGUGUCUGUGUUUUUCAUUGUGUGUGUGAUUACACUACUGGUUGCCAGUCCUGACACUCGCUUCAGCAAAGCUGGCCUAUUCUCCAUCUUUGCUACUCAAAGCAAUGACUUUGCUUUGGGAUACCCGAUUGUUGAGGCCUUGUACAAGAACACACACCCAGAGUAUCUACAGUACAUUUACCUGGUAGCACCGGUGUCCCUCAUGCUUCUCAACCCCAUUGGGUUUGCCUUCUGUGAGAUCCAGAAGUGGAGGGAUCAGAGAGACCGGCAGCAGAGCAAACUCCAGAUAGUGGGUGUGGUCAUCCUGCAGGUUCUGAAGAACCCCAUGGUCUUCAUGGUUGUUAUUGGCAUUAUCUUCCACUUCAUCCUGGCCCAGAAGAUCCCUGCUUUCAUGGAGCAGUUUGUGGACGGCCUGGCCAACUCUUUUGGAGGAGCAGCUCUGUUCUACUUGGGCCUCUCCAUGGUGGGCCAGUUGGGGAAGCUCACCAGGUCCACGGUUGUAGCCCUUAUCCUGCUCAUCACAGCAAAACUGUUGGUGAUGCCGUUGAUCUGUCGCGAGACGGUGGAGCUGCUGGACGCUGACAACACCAGCUCUAAUCUCGAACACUCCAGCCUCUCCAACUAUGCCUUCCUCUAUGGAGUCUUCCCUAGUGCCCCCAGUGUGGCCAUCUAUGCUGCUCACUAUAACAUGGAGCUCCAAGUUGUUACCUCAGGGAUGGUAAUAAGCACAUUCCUCUCAGCUCCCAUAAUGUAUGUUUCUGCUUGGUUGCUGACAAUACCAUGGAUGGACCCUAAGCCAUUGAUGGAUUCUCUGCAGAAUGUCAGCUUUAAUGUCAGCAUCAUCAGCUUAGUUGCACUGGCUUGGACAGUUACUGUCAUGUUCCUGAGUAAGAAGUUUAAGAGACUACCUCACAUGUUCACCGUCAACCUGUUCUUGGCACAGAUUCUAGCUUGUGUUAGCAUGAUCAUGUGGAACUUUGUCGUGAGACAAGACCGCUUCAUUGGACACGUGUUGACAUUCACACUGUUGUACGGCUCACUGUACAGUACUUAUGUAUGGCCAGGUCUGAUAGCACUUUCCCUUGUGUUGAUGAAGAGAGGUGGUGAGCUGAAGGUUGCGCCAGGCUUCCUGGUGAUUGCAGGCUGGGGAGUCCCAGCCCUUGUGGCAGCAGUGCUCCUCGUAACUGGGGAGAGGAUGCCUGACACCAUCGAUUCGGCUUUCUUUUAUGGAAGACCCCAGAUCAUCUGCACCUCAGUUGUGCUUGCCUUCAGCAUAGUGCUGGGCGGGUGCUCUUUGGUGGGCCUUCGUCGAGGCACGUGGGACUCAAAGUACCAUGUCCUGGAGAGAGACUCUAUGCUAGGCACUACUGAGGAUCUGAGGCCCCAGACUGGCCCAGAUACCCAAACUAUCCCAGAUAUCCGUGACAUGUUUGAGCCAGCCGGAACUGGAAUCAUCAACAUAGGUCAGUGUGAGUCACCAGGCUGUCUACUGGCCCAGGAGGAGCAGCAGAAGCAGGUGGCAGACAGACAGGUGGCCCGCCAUGUGCUCUUGUGCCUGCUACUGACCGUCAGCCUACUAGCUAACCUGUCCAGCUGCCUGUGGUGGCUUUUUAGUCGAGUUCCUGGGAGACUUUACUUAGAGCUGCAGUUCUUCUGUGCUGUGAUCAACUAUGGACAGGGCUUCAUCUCGUUCGGGCUUUUUGGCCUGGACAAACAUUUGAUAAUACUGCCGUUUAAAAAGAAGAUAUCCUGUCUGUGGCAUAGAAGGAAGCCAGAGGAGCAGCCUCAACUGGUUGUAUCUGAUGACAUCAUGAUGACCUGCACUCAAUUCAUCAGAUACCACAAAGAGCAGUGUGUCCAGGACAUUGUCCAGCAGAAGAGCUGUGGGGAGUGCCUAACUGGCCGGUUGGUGAAUCCUUCCUCUGACACACAGGUGUGGGGAGAGGACAGUGGCGGACACUUUUCUUGGCAGUGAGCUGGUAGAGUGGCUGUUGCAGGUGGGUCUGUCACAGGACCGAGGAGAGGCGCUGCUCUACGGGGUCCGGCUGCAUCAGGGUGGGGUGCUCCAGCACAUCACCCAGGAGUAUGGCUUCAAAGAUGACAACCUGCACUACUGCUUCACAGCAUAAGGUGGCCCCUGGGUAGGCCCAGUCUCUGUUUCCCAGAGGCACAUGAUGAAAAAUAGAUCAGCUAUCUACCAGACCUGAAUCCAGGUGGCUACAUACAUAGCACUAGCAGUAUGGGUUGACUUUUUUUAAUGCUUUUAUUGUUUUGCACAUGGAAAUAUGCAUCAGUAGAAGCAUUGAGCACUUGUUAGUUUUCUUUUAAACUGCCUAUUUUCUUUGUGGGUUUUGUAUGGCACUGUAUGCAUAACGAGAUUUAACAGUUGUCAAAGAGGCUGAGGUAAAAAUGACCGGCCCAAAUUAUGGAUGUCAAAUAUCUUGCAUUAUCGUCUCAAGUUAUACAGACCAGCUUGUAUCCCCUUGAUGACACUUUUAUACCGUAAGGCUCAGAUUGUUAUUUAUUUAGUUUGGAUGGCAAGAAUGGUAUUUGUCAGGUAUUGAAAAUGCAAGUCUGUAAUGGGCCUCUCGAGUGGCGCAGAGUUCUAAUGCACUGCAUCACAGUGCUAGAGGCGUCACUACAGACCCGGGUUCGAUCCCGGGCUCUAUCAUAACCGGCCGUGAUCGGGAGUCCCAUAGGGCGGCGCACAAUUGGCCCAGCGUCGUCCGGGUUAGGGGAGGGUUUGGCGGGGGGGCUUUACAAGUGGGCCGUUAUUGUUAAUAAGAAUUUGUUCUUAACUGACUUGUCUAGUUAAAUAAAAAAUGUAAAUGCA